AUGUCUCCCAAACAGAGGAAGAAGCCCUCCCGCAAAAAGCAAACCUCCGAUUCCUCCUCCGUGACGUCCCCCGUUUUACCUACAACCAAUUACCGUGAAAUCCACCAGACAGAGGUCGAAGCCCUGCGCUCGAUCUAUGGCGAUGAUUUCGAAGAAGUUGAGAACCGGCGGUCGGCUUGGCAGCAAACUUCCGAUGUGACCUUUAAGCUUCACUUACGAUCCUCCUCAAACCCCGAUGUCCUCCUUGUUUUAUUAGUCGAAUUACCCACCACAUAUCCCAAGACUGUUCCCAAUCUGUCGCCCGGGAACCUAGAUGGCUUCCGCGAUGGAGCGCGUUCGAGAAUUCAAGAUAUUCUCCGUAACAAACCGAAAACCCUACUCGGAAGUGAAAUGAUUUAUGAGCUCGCGGUGUCGAUUCAAGAUGUUCUCGAAGAUGUUGCCCAGGCGCGCCUGCAGGACAAGGAUCUCCCCAGCCUGGAAGAAGAGCGAAUGGAGCAAGAGGCGGCCGCUCUUCAGCGCGCAGACCUGGAAAUGCAAGAGGAGCUUCGCAAACAACAAGCUGCAGCUGCAGAGGAAGAGCGCGCAUUGCAAGAAAUGCUCCAAGACAAGAUGCGACAACGAAACAAGGCUCGCAUCAUGCGACGGAAAAGCCGCACUGGCGUUGAUAGUGAUGUCGAUGACCUCGUGGAGAACACACCUGGCGCAAUUUCUUUCGACCCUCCCUUACUCGUCAGUGACACCGAAGUGCAGCCGCUGAUUUUCCGCGCCGUGCAUGGGAAGACCCUGUUACAAAGCCAGCAGGGCAAGAAAACGUUCACCGUCAGACCUGUGGUUUCCGAAAGUCGAUGCCAUGUUCCGCAGCUCAUUCUGAAGGAGAUAGUACUCGACGAGAAGGGAUCCGAGAGAUUGACGUUCCGAGAGCAGAUGCGGUCCAGUGAGGAUAAGUUGGAGGCCCUCAAACGAUUAAGACACCCGAACUUGGUUGAAUUUGUAGGGUUCAAGAUUAACCGCCCACUUGGCCAUUUUGACUUGCCCGACAAUUCCUGGACUGUCUUUAUGCUUUUAGAAUACGCAAACAAAGGAUCCCUCGCCGAGCUUCUCGAUAUUGUGGGAACAGUGGCCGUCGAUAUGCUUCGUGGCUGGAUGAUCCAGCUACUCGAGGCUUUGGAGUUCUACCACCGCAAUGGAUUUGUCCAUGGAAACAUCCAAUGUAGCCGAGUGUUGCUAUUUCGAACCCCCUCGGGUGGGACUAUCGUGAAAUUGCAAUCUAGCGUCGAGGAUGCUUUGCCUGAACCUCCCGGCGGAAAGCCAUCUUUGACUGCAUCCAAGUCGCCCCUUUGGCUUCCUCCUGAGCUGACGCAGGACCAUUCAACUCCUACCAUGAAGACCGAUGUUUGGGAUCUUGGAAUUGUGCUACUCCAAAUGGGCUUCGGGAAAGAUGUUCUCCUCAGGUACACCUCUGCUAAUCAAUUGAUGGUGUCAAUGGGACUUUCUCCUCCAUUGCAGGAUUUGCUCCGUGAAUUCUUCCGCCCAGAUCCUAGGAAGCGACCAACAGCCUUCCAAUUGCAACCGUCCGAGUUCUUCCGAGUGGAUGCACCUUUGAAAAUGCGGGAUAGAGGGUCAAACUCUGUGUCCCUGCAGAGACGGCCCCGGCUUGACUCUUUUGGGGCCAUGCCCGCAUUUUCACGGUACCACCAAGACUUUGACGAGGCAGGUCAGCUAGGCCGUGGUGGCUAUGGGCAGGUAGUAAAAGCACGGAACAAGCUCGAUGGCCGCUUGUAUGCCGUUAAGAAGAUAUCUCAGACUUCAGCUGCGGCUUUGAAAGAUACUCUUUCUGAGACCAUGUUAUUAUCGCGACUGAACCAUCCAUAUGUUGUGCGGUACUACACUGCCUGGCUCGAAGAAGACUUCAAUCACAUUGAGGAAGAGGCCAUGUCCUCAACCGAAGGCGACCCAUUUGCCAGUCAGGACCAUCACGGAUUCAGCACAGGAGGUCUCGAUUUCAUCAGCUCCAGCGGAUAUCCCAAGAUUGAAUUUGCUCAAUCAGACAGUGAUGAUGACAAUGAAGGAACCUUGUCCGAUCAUGCUCAUGCCGAAACGUCUCAGAUUUACCACGCCAACCAUACAGAGACUGACAGUGAAGAUGAAGACGCUGAGCUCAGCUAUGCGAGAUCUGGUUCUUAUGGCCGUCCUGUUUUGACUACGCUGUACAUCCAGAUGGAGUACUGCGAGAAACAUACUUUGCGAGAUUUGAUCAGGAAUGGAUUGAACGAUGACGUUGAUCGCUCGUGGCGUCUCUUCCGCCAAAUUCUCGAUGGCCUCAGCCACAUCCACAGCCAUGGCAUCAUACAUCGUGAUCUAAAGCCGGAUAACAUCUUCAUCGAUGUUGCUAACAACCCUCGCAUUGGUGAUUUUGGCCUUGCUACAAGCGGUCAGUUCACCACCGCUGUUCGUUCAUCUGCAGCGGCAGACUUCGAAGGAGAUUUCACGCGUAGUCUUGGAACAACCUACUAUGUCGCACCAGAGAUGAAGUCGGUUGUCUCGGGACAUUACAAUGAGAAAGUAGAUAUGUUCUCACUUGGUGUUAUCUUUUUUGAGAUGCUACACCCAUUACCUACCGGCAUGGAACGUGAUCAGACUCUCAGAGAGAUCAGAGAAAAGCACCACACUCUUCCGUCCACUUUCCAGCAAUCUGAUAAGGUGGUUCAAGGUCAAAUUGUCGAAUCCUUGUUAAGCCACACCCCAAGCGAACGUCCCACAGCAGCCGAGCUUCUCUCUAGCGGAAGGAUCCCACUUCAGGUCGAGGAAGAGACAUUCAGGCGGGCGAUUGUGCACUUGCUCUCUGAUCCGGAUUCCCCCGACUACAAGAAGAUCCUAUCAGCAAUUUUCUCCCAGUCACCCAAGAAAUUCGAGGAUAUUGCUUGGGACAUAGACUCGCAUGCUUCACCAGCAGCCAAUGAGUUGCUUGUCCAGGGUCUAGUGAAGAACAAAUUGACCUCUAUCUUCCGGAGACACGGCGCCAUGGAGUCACAAAGGCAGAUGAUCUUCCCCCGAUCUCAACAUUACAGCACCGCCCCUGUUGCACGCCUACUGGAUGCAUCUGGCAAUCUCUUGCAGCUACCAUUCGACCUCACGGUUCCGAAUGCAAGAGCGAUUCCUAAGCAGGAUCGCUCUUUGGAGAAGACAUUUGCAUUUGGCACGGUGUACAGGGAGUCAACUCAUGGCAGUGAACCCCGGACUCACGGUGAAGUGGACUUCGAUAUUGUUUCUCACAAUACCUUGGAUUUGGCCUUAAAAGAGGCGGAAGUCAUCAAAGUUCUGGAUGAGAUUAUUGAAGAAUUUCCACCCCUGCGUUCUUCUCAGAUGUGCUUCCUUGUCAACCACUCUGAUUUGCUCCAACUAAUCAUGGAAUUCUGUCGUGUCGCGCCGUCCCAAAUUCCAUUAGCCAAGGAGACUAUCAGCAAGCUCAAUGUUGGCAAAUGGACGAUGCAAAAGCUUCGAAGUGAGCUUCGAUCCCCGGCAAUUGGUGUUGCUUCGACAUCAUUGGAUGACCUUGCUCGGUUUGACUUUAGAGGUUCUUUGAAAGAGACCCAACGCAAACUGCAAAGUAUCAUGGAAGGAACUGAAUACGUCGAGCGGAUUGCACCGAUAUUCGCUCGCUUGAACGUGCUCAUGACCUACCUGAAAACCUUUGGCAUUAAGCGUAAGGUCUACAUAAACCCUCUGAGCAGUCUUCAUGAUAAGUUUUACGGUGGAAGCAUUCUGUUCCAGUGCGUCUUUGACAGCAAACGACGAGAUGUGUUCGCUGCAGGAGGCAGAUAUGAUAGCUUAAUCCAGGAGUUUUCUCCCAGGGUCUUGUCUAGUCGUCCUCAAGCGCAUGCUGUCGGAUUUAACCUCAGCUCGGAUCGCCUGAGCUCUUCGAUGAUUGACUAUCUUAAGGCCAAGGCUCCGGCAAAAGAGACUGAAACGGGUGCCGAAGUGUACUGGGGGGCUCGUCGGUGCGAUGUGCUUGUUGCCAGUUUCGACGCGGAUGUCCUACGUUCGACCGGAGUAAAGCUCAUGGAAGAACUUUGGUCGAACGAUAUCAGCGCGGAACUUGCCGUUGAUGCCUCGUCCCUUGAGGAAUUGAUGGCCAUAUACAAAGACUCCAACCACCGAUGGAUCGUAAUCGCUAAGCAAGAUAGCAAGGACCGUGGGUUCAAAAUCCGAAAUCUCAUGCGCAAAGAGGAGUUUGAUAUUCGCACCGCCGAGCUUGUCCCAUGGCUCCGAUCAGAAGUCCAAGCGCGCCACCAGCGUGAGGGUACCGCUGAUAUACGUCAAACCCGACAAUCAAGCACACAAGAAACUCUCGCAUACCAAGAACGGGCAAAUGAUGUCCGCAUCCUUACACCGCAACAUCGAAGCAAGAAGACGAACAGAAGGAACAUCGUUGAGCUAGCCCUCCAACGUUCCCGCGAAAUCGCCGAGAACGCCCGCAACGGCCCCAUAGCAGCAAUCGACACCCGUGAUGAUGUCCUUGACGCCAUCCGAAACACGCGCCUCUCCGACGCCGAGAGCUGGCGCAGCGUUAUCCAAAACGCGCCCCUGACUGAACGCAAAUAUCUCAGUCAAGUGUACGAGCUUCUCACCGACUUGGCACUUGAGAACCGCACAAAUGACAGCAUGGAGAGGUUCACAAACGCUUUCAUCUUCAAUUACCGCACCGGUUCCUGCGUGUACUACGAUCUCGGCCCGAGCGAGAAAUGA